AUGGGCAGUUUGGGUCAAGUACAACUAAAGUUGGGGGAGCUUAAAGGAUCAGUAUCUAACUUUGAGAAAGUAUUAGAAGUCUAUCCUGACAACUGCGAGACUCUGAAGGCUCUUGGACACUUAUAUACUCAGCUUGGAAAAACUGAUAAAGCCCUUGAAUACAUGCGGAAGGCCACAAAACUUGAUCCACGUGAUGCCCAUGCAUUUGUUGGCCUUGGUGAGCUGCUUAUAUCAUCUGACACAGGGGCAGCACUUGACGCCUUCAAAAUGAAGGCAUUUUGUCUGAGAACUAAAAAGAAAAAAUCCCAGGCACGGACGCUUAUGAAAAAGGGAGGGCAAGAAGUGCCUAUAGAAGUCCUGAAUGACAUUGGUGCUUUACAUUUUGAGAAAGAAGAGUUUGAGUCUGCGCUCGACAAUUUUAAGGAGGCUCUAGGUGAUGGAAUAUGGAUUAGCUUUCUUGAUGAAAAAGAAAAUUUAGAACAGACGGGUGUAUCUGUUCUAGGUUACAAGGAUACUGGAAUUUUCCAUAGACUGAUUGAAAGCGGCCACUCUGUCGAUGUACCUUGGAAUAAAGUCACAACUUUGUUUAACCUGGCUAGAUUACUUGAGCAGUUGCACAAAACAGAAAAAGCGACUUUUCUGUAUCGGUUGAUACUUUUCAAGUAUCCUGGCUACAUAGAUGCUUAUUUGAGGCUUGCUGCGAGUGCGAAAGCUCAGAACAAUCUUCCUCUAGCCAUUGAACUGGUGAAUGAAGCUCUAAAGGUGGACGAUAAAAAUCCCAAUGCUUUGUCUCUGCUUGGUGAAUUGGAGCUUAAGAAUGAUGACUGGGUUAAGGCAAAAGAAACGUUUCGAGCUGCUAAUGAUGCGACUGAUGGGAAAGAUUCAUAUGCUAUUCUUUCUCUGGGGAACUGGAACUACUUUGCGGCUAUGCGCAAUGAGAAAAGAAAUCCGAAAUUAGAAGCUACCCAUCUGGAGAAGGCCAAAGAACUUUAUACUAAAGUCCUGACCCAACAUAAUUCCAACAUGUAUGCGGCCAACGGCUCUGGCAUUAUAUUGGCAGAGAAAGGCCAAUUUGAUAUUGCCAAGGAUCUUUUUACUCAGGUUCAAGAAGCUGCAAGCGGAAGUGUGUUUCGCCAGAUGCCUGAUGUAUGGGUGAAUCUGGCUCAUGUGUACUUUGCUCAAGGGAAUUUUGCCUUAGCCGUGAAAAUGUAUCAAAACUGCUUGCGGAAGUUCUUUUACAACACAGACUCUCAAAUUCUUCUUUACUUGGCUCGUACCCAUUAUGAGGCUGAGCAUUGGCAAGAGUGCAAAAAGACACUAUUAAGGGCCAUUCACUUGUCUCCUUCAAAUUACACAUUCAGAUUUGAUUUGGGUGCUGUAAUGCAGAAAUCAUCGUCUUCCACACUACAAAAGAAAAAGAGAACAGCUGAUGAGGUGCGCUCAACAGUUACGGAAGCGGAGAAUGCUGUUCGUGUAUUUACUCAGUUGUCUGGUGCUUCAGACCUCCAUGUUCAUGGGUUCGAUAGUAAGAAAAUACAAACUCAUGUUCAGUAUUGCACACACUUGUUGGAGGGAGCAAAAGUUCACCGUGAAGCAGCUGAGCGUGAGGAACUGCAGAACCGGCAGAGACUAGAAGUUGCCCGUCAGGCUGCCUUGGCAGAGGAAGCACGCCGUAAAGCUGAAGAACAUAGAAAAUAUCAGCUGGAGAAAAGAAAACAGGAAGACGAGCUAAGACGCCUCAAGCAAGAAGAAGAAAAAAUUCAACGUAUAAAGGAACAAUGGAAGAGCAACACACAUGGAUCUCAUAAGCGUAAGGAUAGAGCUGAAGAUGAUGAUGGGGAAGGUAGACCCAGUGAGCGGAAAAGAAAGAAAGGUGGGAAGAGAAAAAAGAAGGACAAAGGCUCAAGGGCUCGACACUACGAGGACGAUGAGGAAGAAGUGGCUACUAUGGAUGAUCAUAAUGAAGUGGAAGAUGAAGACGCCAACACUAAUUAUUAUAGGCAGGACGCUGAGGAACCUGUAGAUGAUGAUGCUCAUGAUCUUGCUGCUGCUGGGCUCGAAGAUCCUGAUGUCGAUGACGAUGAGGUACCUGCUUCAGUUGUGAGACGAAGAAGGGCGCUUUCGUCUUCAGAUGAAGAAGGUGAAUUGAUGGAGGGUCAGGCAAAUUCUAGCCCCCAGAGAGAGAAUUCUCCAGUAAGGCAAGAAGAGAGCAAUGUGGAAGAAGAAGAUGCUAAUUUGGAGGACGACGAAGAGGCAAAUUGAAAUUCUUCAUACAUAACAGAUCUUUCUGUGUUGUAACUUUUAGUGAUAAAUUCCAUUGAUGGUCUUUAUUCAAUUUUCAUAGGAGUUAGGGUGUGAGGACAAAUUACACUCAGGCCAAUGAUCAGUUUGAAUCUUG